AUGCCCACUCAGUUCUUCCAUGACGCGUUUGACAAGUUUCAGUUUGCGUUUGAACCGAAGCCUGAGCCUCAUUGUUACCACGUACAUAUCUUCGGCGACGGUUAUGGCCGCGGGACGCUGUCGAGAGCCCCUCAAACAGUUACUUUCAAACAACAUGACAUCUCAGCGCGUGCUCCUCCGCUCCCAGACCCCAAUUCGUUGAGAGCCCAUUAUGUCCUCUGCAAGAUAUUCAACACCGAGCAAUGCCUGAAAUGGGGCUUAACAAACAAGAUUGAAGAGGCCUCAGAUUGA